AUGGGCCUCUUCUCUCGCAAGGAUAAGAGUCGUCGUGGGGACGCCUCUCUUCCCACCUCACAUUCCACCAACAGUUUCGGCUCGUCCACAUCCCGAUCUGUCGUCAACAGAGUAUCCGCGGGGAGCGUCACGUCAGGAAGUCCCCUCUCGCCUUUGUCGCCAACUAAGCUCCCCAAGAUGGACCUUCCCCGGCCGCCGGACCCCCAGCUUGACCCCGCUGGCUACCUGCGCAGUCUCGGCGCUGUUCGCGAACGCACCAAGCUUGUCUUCGAUAAGCUCAUGGCCAACCGGCUACAGCAUUUCGACGUUGACAUGGCAAAGUUUCCCGACGUUGUUGCCUUUGUAUCGGGCUUGAUCAAGAGAGACUAUGAUGCACCAUUCAACACAAUUCCCGGCCACGGCCGCUACCAGCACUUUUGCGUCGGCGGUCGCGAUCGCAUCGCAGACCUGCUAUCCACUUGGCCCUCCACUGUGGACAACACAGAACGCUGUCGCCGUCUCAUUGACUUGUUCCUGAUCAGCGUUUUGCUUGAUGCUGGCGCUGGCACAUCCUGGAGCUACAAAAGCAAUGAAAAUGGCAAAGGUCUUUUCUCGGGCAACCCUGACAAUAAGCACCAGGUCGAUUUCCAAGGUCUCGCAAAGUUGACCGUUGAUCAGCUAGCUGCCGGUCUGCAGUCAAAGCCUGGAAACGAGCUUGCUGGCUUGGACGGCCGUACAGCCUUGCUGCUCAAGCUGUCUGACGCCCUCAAGAGCAAGGCCGAAUUUUUCGGCGAAACGGGCCGCCCCGGAAACAUGAUUGAUCACCUGCUCUCGCAUCCUUCCACCCAAGCAUCUUCGAUGCUCAUUGUACCGCUCCCCGUGCUGUGGAGCGUGCUCAUGUCCGGCUUGGCACCCAUCUGGCCGCAGUCACGCACGUCCAUUGAUGGCGUCUCAUUGGGCGAUGCAUGGCCCUGCAGCUCGAUGCCUCAGGGUGUCGGCGCCUGGGAGUCUAUCGUGCCGUUCCACAAGCUCACCCAGUGGCUGACGUACUCGCUGAUGCAACCAAUGCAGUCACUUCUCAACAUGCACUUUGCUGGCACCGAGCUCCUGACCGGCCUACCCGAAUACCGCAACGGUGGCCUCUUCGUUGACAUCGGAGUCUUGACCCUGAAAAAGGACGACGCGGACCGCGGCCUGGAGAACUACUCUGACUACUGCCGCCGCGCCGGUGUCAAGGGCGUCGAGGUGGCUCCGGCGGGCCGCCACUGUCGGCCUCCUCGAUCACCUAGCCGUCGAAGUCAAUAA